AUGUUCGCGAGGGAUGAAGUGAAUGCCCUCUUUAACGACGCCUCGAGGGCCCUGCAGCGCUCUCAGCUCCUACUGGAGGAGCGGGCACGCGGGGCACCGCCGGAACGGCUGUCCGUGAUGCCGAAUUCGCCGAAUUUCGAGGCGGCCCUGCGUGCCCUGCGGGGGCUUAUGGAGUUCACGGCCUUUCUUGACGCCUCCGAAAAGGUCGGCGAGCGGUUGCAGGAGGAGUCCAGGCAGCCGUCGCCCGCGAUGGAGAAGAAGCGCCGCAACGGCAGCGUCUGCCCACUCCUGCAGCGCGUUGUGGACGGAAUCGCAGGCGUGCAGGGCAUGUGGGCCGGUGAUGGCAGGGCCGCGGAGGGCUUAUGGGCUGAAGGUGCUGUGCUCGCCUCGCAGUUGGUGCUCGCCGGGCUUUUUGCAGACUGGCGGCACGCUGCGUCCAGGGCGGCGCAGCAGCGCCUUGCGAUGCUGCAGCAGAUGAUUGAAUUGGACGAGGUGCCGCAGCUGGAGGAGUGCAGGAAGGAUGACCUCCUGCAGCUGCUGGGCAGGGCCAAGGCGGGCAUGCCCGACGAGGUGGCGGACGAGUUGGAUGCCCAAGUCAUGCGUGUUGCGUGCAACCUCACAGGCGAGUGGGACGUGCCGAGCACGCCCGCACAACUGGCCUCGUUGCUGCUGUUUCCAACACUAAUCUCCUUCGUUGUCCAGGGCGCCUCCACGUCACUAGCCGUGGAGUACAUUCUCGCUCCACUAGAGCGUGCUGCGGCAGGUCUGUUGCCGAUGUAUCUCUCGGAGAGCCCCGACGAGUUUAUGCAGGCAGCUAGGCACCUUGUGCAGCACGUUGUGCUUGUGGGCAUGUACGCCGCUGCUGGCCUACGGCUCGCCCCCACAGGUGGUGUGCAGCGUGUGGUGACCUUCACAAAGAGGCUCUUUGACGCGCUGCUCAUGCCAGUCGAGGGCGCCUUCACCGCCGCACUGCCUCGUGCCGGUAUGACGGUCGAUGUGCACCAAGGGCUUGCCGGGCCGCUGUGCUGCUGGGCGCGCGCGUGGGCGAGGCGGGUGGAAAGUAAAACGGACGUGGAUGCUACAGCGACGACGGCACCGUACCUCUCCUCUUCCUCCUCCUCAGCGGCGACGGCGGCGGCGGCGGGCGUAAAGAAAUUGCUACCCGUGUGGUGCACUGCAAGUUACCGCGCUCUUGUGGUGGUGGAGGCGCUCGCGCAUGCGGAGCUUGGCGUCGUCAGCGGCCGCGGCAACGCAGCGUCGCAGCAGAAGAAGUAUUACUCCAUGCUCCAGCAGUCGAACGGGCGCGUCACCACCGCCAUCCUCUCCGCCGUCACGGAGGACAGGCAGCUGCUAUUCGAGGAGACGACGACGCGGUCGGCGCAGGGGCACAAGGUGUACCGCAUUCAUGAAGGGGGCACCGGACCGACCGUCUACGUGUACCUCGACAACGGCAUCGUCUACAUGAAGGUUGGGCGUGAGCGCCUCUUCCGCCGCGCCAAGAGCGUGGAGGACGUCUUCAGCGUCCUCGGCGACGCCUCUUCUCAGCCCUAG